UAGGGUCCCGUCCAACCCAAGCCAUUCUGUGACCCUGUGAUUCCAUAAGAUGGCGGCAGUUCCAUUGUUCCCAUCACAGCCCCCUCAUGUCCAGGGACACAGGUGACAGUUCUCCAGAGCUGCUGAGGGUAGGAAGGUUCCAGAGCGGGUGUCACAGAGGCCAGGAUGUCCCGGAGCAAGGGGGUUGCUCCCAGCACAUUUCUGGCUGGGCUGGGUGAGUUCUGCUGGGGCAGAGCUGGCCCGGAGCAAUGGGGCCGAGCCUGCUGGGAGCCACCAUCCUCCUCUGCCUGGUCGGUGUCCUCCAGGCCUUUGCCAUUGAGAAGAAGGGGGAUGUUUUCAAGAAGAUGGCAUGUCUCGCCUUCCUGACAUUUGAGAACGUCGCCUAUUUGGCAGACAUGACCUUCAAGCUGCCCUGCAAGUGCAAGCCCGAGGAGGUCUCUGUCAUCUGGUACUUCCAGAAGAAUCUGCACGGCCGUGAGACCACGGUGCUGACGGACUUCAACGGCACCAUGGUGCUCGACUCCAGCCAUGUCCGCGCAGGCAGUGACCUGCUGAAGCGCUUCAGCAUCCGCAUGUUCAGCCUCAUCAUGUUCCGGGCCCAGGUGAGGGAUUCUGGGCACUACCUGUGCAGCUCCAAGGAAGGACGCUUCCCAUGCCUCCUGCGCCUCCGCAGCCCUGAGGGAGUGCAGUCCAUCUCCAGCAUCAUCUACAAGUUUGGGGAGAAGCCCAUGUCCCCAUCCCAAACUGACCUGGUGAUCAUGUGCCCAGGGGCCCGCCUGGAGCACGCCAUGGGCUGGGACAAGGACUCGGUCCAGCUCUACUGCUCCCAGUACCUCGUGGGUGUUGGGAAGGGCAUGAGGGUCUUCAUCGACCAUGGGAAGCACCUGCACAUCCUGCGAGUGCGCAGGAGCGACAGGGGCACCUACUUCUGCUGGAGGGACAGCGAGAUGAUGGCGGGAUUCUGGCUCAGCGUCACCUUCCCGGCUCAGCACCGGCGUGGCCCCAAGUCCAUCUUCAUCAUGAGGGCCAUGGGCAUCAGCUUCGCCGUCAUCACCGGCAUCUUCUUCCUCACCCACCUGGGCCGCUGCUGCUGGUGGGCGCUCAGGGAACCGGCUGGGUUGUAGCGUCUCCUCUGCAGGGCACUUGGAUGCCUCGGAUCAUCCUCCUGUUGGAAAUCUCCGGUGUUCUGACUGUUUUUUCUUUGCUUUCGACUUUUCAAAGGAAAAAUAUUUUUCAAAUUAACCUGGUGAUUAAACAUCUCUGGUUCUGGGGCUGUUUUGAACUCGCCCAACUCACCACAGAGUUGGGAGUCGAUGUUUGAGGCAAAGCUUAAAGGCCACAGGGGCAGCACGGACCCCUCUCCCAGGCUGGGGCAGGGCAGCUCCUCAGCCUGCUCCAGGCUCCAGGGCCCCCCCAGGGAGCCUGGGGUGGCUACAGGGACACAAUAUGCACUCAUGAGGAUGAGCCAAACACUCAGUGAUGACACCAGGAGCAAAGCCAGGAAAGGGAUGUGGCAGGAAGGGACAGAGCUACAGGAAACAAUCAGCACCUCCCACACUUGGUGAGAGGAGUGGAGUACAGCUGUUUGGGUCCCUGAAGG